AUUGUAAUAAUGGCUUAAGGUACAGUGUGUACGUAUGUUAAUCUGUCUGUGUGUCUGUACAUCUUUUCAGUAAGUGUAUUGUGAUAACCGCGUAUGUUAUAAAUUUAUAAAAAACUAUAUUUUUGAAUAAAUUUGUAUCAUCCUUAUGUGAUUUAAUAGACAAUGUUGGAACAUUGCAAUUACAUACUUGUUUAAGUUGUGUCUUGUAGUUAUCAAAGUUGCAAUAAGUAUUGGUUUAUCCCGACAGUGGUAGUACUUUCUGUUUUAAAUGGUGGCAUUUGUAAUUUAUUGGGCGGUGAGUUCGAAAAUUCUUCCCCAAGGAAAUGUCCGACAACACUGAUGAAUUACGGAAUAUGGUAGUUACUUUCCGUGUAUCGGAAUUACAGAUGUUAUUAGGUUUUGCUGGCAGAAACAAAUCCGGAAGAAAAACUGAAUUGCAACAAAGAGCACUCGAACUCGUUAGAGUUAGAUCUCAUCCGAUUCAGCAAAAAAUUAGAGACUUAUAUAAAACAAUUCAACAAAGCGGAGCGCUCAACGUUCAACCAGCUAGUAACUCACCUCCCACUUCUGAGGUACCCCCAGGAGCAACAGUGAAUAAUAUGUCCCAAACACAAGGCAGUAUGCCAAGGAUAGCAGCAAAUGUGCAUCCAUUCAGCAACGAUGGAAGGCAAAUGGCCGCCCGUCAGACGCCAAUGUAUCAACAAAGUAUGUAUUCUCCUUAUCCCCAGUAUUCAACGGCGAAACAACAGCAGAAUGUACUUGCCGGAAACUAUCCCAUUUAUCCAGAUGUUAAAUUUAGACGAUUACCAUUUUAUGAUGUACUAGCAGAUUUAUUGAAACCCUCCUCAUUAGUUCCUCAGAGCAACCAAAGGAUGCAAGAAGGCACUUUCUAUUUCCAUUUAACGCCACAACAAGCUACAGAUAUAGCCAGUAGUCGAGAUAUCAGACCUGGGGUGAAAUGUGAUUACGUGAAACAAGUACAAAUGCGUUUUUGCCUUUUGGAAACCAGUUGCGAACAAGACGAUUAUUUUCCACCGAAUGUUAUAGUCAAAGUUAAUAAUAAACUGUGUCCAUUACCAAAUCCUAUUCCAACUAAUAAACCCGGCGUCGAACCGAAACGGCCGCCUCGUCCAGUUAAUAUAACCCAAAUGGUAAAAUUGAGCCCAACUGUUGCAAAUACAAUAACAGUAUCAUGGGCGGCUGAUUAUGGACGUGGUUAUGCCAUCAGCGUAUCAUUGGUACAUAAAUUGAGUUCGAUGGAUUUAUUACAAAGACUGAAAUUGAAGGGAGUCAAAAAUGCUGAUCAUACCAGAGCGAUAAUCAAAGAAAAACUUAAUGAUGAUGGAGACGAAAUAGCUACGACUUCUUUGAGGGUAUCGUUAAUGUGUCCCUUGGGUAAAAUGAGAAUGACGACACCGUGUCGUCCGCUGACCUGCGGUCAUUUGCAAUGUUUCGACGCUUCCCUAUUUUUGCAAAUGAAUGAAAGGAAACCGACGUGGAGUUGUCCAGUUUGUGAUAAACCCGCCCUUUAUGACAAUUUAGUUAUCGACGGAUACUUUACGGAAGUGUUGAGUUCGACGCUUCUUUCUUCAGAAUGUAAUGAAAUUCAAUUGAACAAAGACGGCACUUGGUGUGUACAAACUCCAGAAAAGAAAUGUACAAAAAUAGAAAAACCCACAGUUAUUGGUAUUGAUGAUUCAAUAGAAAUAAUAGGAGAUGACAUUGAAAUAGUUAGUUCAAAUAUAGCAGCGACUUCUUCGACGGAUAAGCCAGCCGAAGUUCCAAAACUUGAGGAAUCCCGCAAAAAAGACAUUGUCGAUUUAACUAUAUCGGAUUCGGAAGAUGAAGAACCGGCUGCUAAAGUUAGAGCUAUUGCCCCCAAACCAGAUUCUACUAGCAUCUCGUCAAGUAGUAACCAAUCUAGGGUUACAACUACUCCGGGUCCGUCUUCAGUAUCCAGUUCAGGCUACCCGGCAAGUCCUUCAGUUAUUAAUCUUGAUAGUCCUUCUCCACCUCAUUCGCCACAACAAACACCCCAACCAGCACCUCAGCAGCAAACCCCUUCGUCAUGUAUGAUGACAGGACAGACCAAUGGGAAUUCCAAUCAGACAAAUCCUCCUUUUAUGAGCCCAAAUUCUAUGCCGUACUUAGAUCUGGAAAGUGAGGCUGCCGUUGGAUCUAUUACAAACAUAACUUACCCCACAAGUUACUAGAUAAUUAGAUUGUGAAGUUGGGAAGGGUAAAUUGAACAAUCAAUUCAAAUGGAUUUUUCAAGGUUGUUUUGUAUCAGUUUAUUUUAUAUUUACAAAUAAAAAUAAUUUUUUCACAAAAAUAAAAUUAUCAAGGGAAAGUCGAUUUUAGUUCUAGUCGAAAUUGAAUCCUGCCAGUUGGACAUUUAGUUUUAUUAGGAUCAUGUGAAAAAUCACGUUUUCUAAUAAAUCGGAUUUAAAUAUAAUUUGACAAAAUAAUUUUUGUUUAAUCGAUUUUGAAAAUUUGUUUCUUAUGAUCAAGAAAAAAUUGUGAUUUUCUAUUAUGAACCUAAUUUAGAUCCGGCUUUAAUUGGUUUAUUAUUGCACUUUUUUUAUACCUCUGUCCCAUUGAUUUUAUAUACAGGUGAACUUUGAGACUAAUGGGACAACCCGAACCAAUUUUGAAUUAUUUAUAUACUUUCAUAAAAGCUUCUAUUAGGAGUUUGGUUUCAAAAAAAUAAUUUUUGUAUAUACUUGAAUGACUUGUAGAAGCAUAGUAAUAUAACUUUUUUGUCUAA